AUGAAAAGUAUGCCAUUUGCAAUAAGCUUUGCAUUUAAUUUUAAUGAUUCUAAGAAUGUCAGGUAAAAUGGUCGGGCCUUGCGCAUGUUCACUUCAUCAAAUCAUGCCUCAAUUCUCAUACUAUCUGUUGCUGCUGCUGCUGCUGCUGCAUGUUGUAGUCUCCAUCAUCUAGGCUAGGGCAACAGGUUGACAAAGACUGCUGUAGAGUCUCAGGAGUUGAAGCAGCCCAGGAAAGGAAAUGCCAAUAAUAAUAAUAAUGGAGAGCUUGAAGUUUGACCACAGUCACUGCUCUCUUCUGUCUCCUCAACACCUAAGUGUAAAUGUAAAUUAAACCCAACAAUUUUUGCGGGGAGCAAUCCUAAAAAAAACCUCAAAAACUUUGGGGCAAAAUUAAAAAGCUCAACAAGGUGCAUGUUCACUUCACCAAAUCUGGCCCUCUUUGAAAAAAGUUUGGACAUCACUGAAGUAAAUGGUUGUUUCCCCAGUGCUUACUUAAGAGGUAAGACACUUGUAUAUGAAUACAUCUUAUUUACAUAUAAAACUGCUGGUUGUGCUAUUGGGUGCACUCUAGAAUUGCUUUUUCUUUUCUAUUUAUGGCUUUUAUUGUUAUAGGAUUGAAGGAUCAUCCUAAUUGUCCUCAGGACGCCCUCCAGUCCUGUGAUUUUGUAGCUAUGAGAUUGGAUUCUGCUGAAGACUGCUAAAAGAAGUCAAACCAGUUGUUAUGUAAAUGUCCCUGCCUAGUCUCUUAAGUAUCUCUUUGCAUAUCUAAAGAGUACAGGUAACUGGUUUUCCCAAAAGCCAGGACAGAAAGGGGGGGCAUCCUCACUCACUUGGAUGGAGUUGGUUGACUCCAGUUUGCCAGGCAGAGCAAUACCCCAAUCCCUGACCCCACAGAGCCUUUGGGGGGGGUGCAGGAGUCAUUGCACAAGCAGAAGUCAUUGUGCAGAGGCAGUAAUGCUUCUGAACAGUUCGAAAACACAGGAGAGGAGAGUGCUGUUGUGCUCAAAUCCUGGUUUCCCGCAGGCCACUGUGAGAAUAGGAUGCUGAACUAGGAAGUGGAAGGGGCAAGGUGAAUAUAAAAUGGAAGAAUGGUACAAAGAGGUGUGGGAUAUAGCUAUUCACGAUAAAUUAACCUGUGCUAUUAAGUUAAGAUAGGGAAUAUGCAGAAGAAAUGAUUUUGAGGAGAUACGGAAGGCAUUUGUAGAAUUUGCACCGUUAAAACGGAAAGGGGUCAAACCAUCGCAAGAGGCGUUGAAAUUUUGGGAGGUUGGAUAGUUCCAAUGGAAUGGUCUCAGGGGUGGGGCGCACAUUUUUAUUUUUAUCUAUUUAUUAUUAUUACUUUGUUGAAAAACCCCUCAAAAUAAAUAAAUACAUUCAAUAAUAAUAAUAAUCAGGAAGAACUGUCUGGCAGCAAGAGCGGUUUGACCAUGGUACAGACUCCCACAAGAGAGGUGGCAGCCUCUCCUUCCUUGGCAGGUUUUCAAGCAAAGGCUGGACCACUUAUAAACGCCAUCUCCUUGAAAGAUUCCAUCAACGGUGUCUCCAGAAUUUUUUACACAUCACUUGGGAAGACUGGCGAACUAAUGCCAGUGUAUUGAAAGAAGCAAAGAUCAUCAGUGUUGAAGCAAUAAUUCUUCAACAUCCAUUUUGUUGGACUGGUCAUGUUGUGUGGAUGCCUGAUUAUGGUCUUCCAAAGCAACUACAGUGGUACCUCGGGUUAAGAACUUAAUUCGUUCUGGAGGUCUGUUCUUAACCUGAAACUGUUCUUAACUUGAAGCACCACUUUAGCUAAUGGGGCCUCCUGCUGCCGCCGCACCGCCGGAGCACAAUUACUGUUCUCAUCCUGAAGCAAAGUUCUUAACCUGAGGUAAUAUUUCUGUACAGUCAUACCUCGGGUUGAAUGUGUUUCAGGUUGAGCACUUUCUGGUUGCGCUCCGCGGCAACCCAGAAGUAACGCAGCGCGUUACUUCCGGGUUUCGCCACUCGUGCAUGCGCAGAUGCUCAAAAUGACAUCACGUGCAUGCGCGGAAGCGGCAAAACGUGACACGCACAGACGCGCCGUCGCGUCUUAUGUUCCAUUCAGGAUGCGAACGGGGCUCCAGAACAGAUCCCGUUCGCAUCCCAAGGUACCACUGUACUCUAUUCCGAACUUAAAAGUGGAAAGUGUAAUGCUGGUGGUCAACAAAAGAGGUUUAAAGACUUUCUCAAGGCAAAUCUAAAAAAAUGUAGCAUAAACACCAACAACUUGGAAACACUUGCCUGUGAGAGCUCCAAUUGGAGAACAGCCUUUACCAAAGGUGUCAUGGGCUUUGAAGACGCUCAAACUCAGAAUGAAAGGGAGAAGUCCGCAAGCAGAAGGAGGAGGAGUAUCAGGAAGUGGAUUAAAUGUAAUGAUUACUUAGUUAAAUAUGUUAAGUUAAAUUAACUGAAAACAGCUUGCAGAUACUUAAUUGGCUUAGGAUUCUAUUUAUGUUAAGUGAUUAAUUAAUAUGUUUAAUUUCAUAAAGUGAAGAUUUAAGGAUACUAAUGUUUAAGUUAAAUUUUAUAAGAAUUGUGAUUUAGAAAACCGUUAAAAGGAUAUGCAAUGAAAUUCAACCAAGGGGAAGCGAGGAAGUCACUUAACAAUGUUAAUAAGUGUAAUUUUCAGUAAGGCUAUGAUUUAUGUUUGUUUGUCUUAUGUGUUUGUUUAUAAUGUUGUGAAAACCAAUAAUUUUUUUUUAAAAAACAACCAACCAACCGUGUUCAUGGAAGACAAUCUUACUUGCCUACGAGGGAUCGCCAAAGAGGGAAAGAAGAGGAGAGGAUCCAGCCCCGCCCCCUGCAUCACACGGGGUUGGACUAGAUGACCCUCGGGUUCCCUCCCUGGAUUCUCCGAAACGCAGCGGCGUUUUUCUCUAACUGGGAAGCCGAGGCCUCUUCCUUGCCGCCGUCGCCUCACACUUCCCCUCCUGGAAGUAGCCCGGUGUGAGGCCUAGGCCGCCCCUGCCUCGCGGCGCCUGUGCCCGCCCUGGACGCGCGGCCGCCGCCGCCGCUCCUCCUGAGCUGCAGUCCCGGGAGCGGCCUUGGAGAGGCGCUGCGUCCCCGGCUUCGAGGCCUAGCAAGCCCGCGAGCCUGUGGAUCCCUACGCGACUCGCGCCUGGCCGAGAGCAGCGCGGGCACGGAGACGAAAGGGUCGGAGGCGGCCGCCGCGGCCGUGAGGUAAAAUCGAGCGCGGGGGUCUGAGGGAGGGAAAAACAGGCCUCUCGCCUCCCUCGGCCGCCGGACGGCUCGGCCGCCUUCCUCGGGCCUCAUUCCGCCCCCUUUGGAGGCCGGCCGGGGAAAUGCCUCGACGGCGAGCGGGGCUCACGGCUUCCCCUCAGCCCCCUUCCCUUUGUCUCGCCUUCCCCCCACUUUUUUCCCAGCGGCGGGAGCGGGGCUCGCUCCGGAACUCGUGGCCUCUGAGCGUGUGCAGAGUGCCAUCGCUUUUCGCCGCGCCGCCCCUCGGCCCCGCGGCUUCCUCCUUUUUGCUGGAAGGGAAAUGUUCGCGGGGAUGUGGCAAGGGAGGCUGUCUGUGUCUCUUUCCCACGGAGAGGGGUUUGUUUUGUUGGUUUGCUUUGCAUUCUCAUUUAUUUAUUUUUAGAUUUGAAGGUGUGCGAAUACUUCAGAGGCUCAUCUUCAGAGUUUUCUGCCGGCCCCUAGUCUUUCAUAGACCGAGCUCGACCAUGAUAAAACCAGCAGAUACAUUUUCGGGAUCUGGAUUUUAGCAGAGAUCAAGCGCCUCUUCCCUAAUUGCUUGUCAGUGUAAAGGGAGGUGUAUAAAAAGCUGGAAACAUGGCUGCAAUGAAAGGAAAAAAAUCAUUUCAAGAGUUGCUAUGUUCUGUUGCCUUGGCUAUCUAUUUUGGGGUUUUUUUUGCAAGUGUACAGAACUCCAAAACUUCUUACAACUACCUAAUUACAGUAUAAGGCAUUUUAAAAUUUAAUUUCUAGAACUGUAGUACAAGGAAAACAAAACGCAAAGAGUGCCCAACUAGUAUUUCUCUCUCACAUUAUUAUUUUGUUUUAAUUUUGAGAAACAUGUAGUAAGCUUUAAUGCACUUUUCAAGUUUAUUUAUUACGGAAAUACUUUCAUUUGUAUGCAGCUUUUCCAUUUAAAUAUGCUCAGAGCUCACAACAGAACAUAAAUUCCAGUCAAUAAAUCCUUACAAUAACGAUUAAUUACUAAAUCAUUUCAAAAACUACCCAGCCAGAUGGGUGGGGUAUAAAUAUUGAAAUAUUAAUAUUCAUUAUUAAAUAACUUUAUUAUAUGAACAUUAUAUAACAUUUUAAAAAAUCACCCUAAAAGCAUAUUAAUUAAUGACUAAUCAGUGCAAUUGUAAGUGCACAGUUUGUAACAGCUUAAAAUAAGCAUAUGCUCAUCCUGAGUUUCAGCAGAAAGCAAAACAACCCCCAACCAAAAAAGAUUUGGUUUCCUGAUAUUAAUAUGUGGAUGCAACAAAUGACCUUUUUAAAACAGGUGACACAUUUAAGACCAGGUUUUAAUUUUGUUGCCAGACAGGUUGGGUAGAUAACCAUGUUGUAAUUCAAACACUCAAGUCCUCAGAUGAUUCAUGUAGCUGACUUGUAAAGAUUGAGAAGAGGAGCCCUACUUUAAUUUGUUUUGCCUUUUAAAAAAGUUCUUUCCCCCCCUUGAUGCUAGCUUGGGUAAUAAUUUUUAGGAGGGGUAGUUGAACACAUUCAUGUAAACAUGCAAAAGUUCCCUUCUCAUUGUUUUUUUAAAGUAAAUUUUGAAUAAUCUGUUCUUCUUCCCCAAACGUCUAAGAGGUAGCCAUAAUCUAUUGAGCAAAUAAGCCAUUGUAAAACAAGAGUCAUUUGAUUAGUGUUACAUAGUUAUAAAUCAGCUAAACAUUUAUGUGUUUGUUGUAGGGGAAACACUCUUGGGCAACAGAUACAUCUGUGGAAAACAUGGUUAUUUUAUGACAUGAUCUUAAGUUAUAUUUUCCAGGUUUAUAUUCACAGCUACCUUGUGUGCUUUUGUUAAGCUGCCAUGCUUGAUGAAAAGUUCAUAAUAGGUUUUUCUGCUAAGAAGCAGCAAUGAGUGAGAAUGUUUUAGACGGAUUACUUAGUGAGUUCUGUUGGUGCUAAAACAAACCUGUGUAAGUGGGCUCAAGGGUAAAACUCUGAACUCUUAAUUUGCUGCACUUAUGCAUGAGUCAUCAUAAUCUGUUAAGCAGACACCUCUCUACAAGUAGAUUCACUGAUGAUUUAAUUUAACAAGUUUUAGUCUGCCUCUCACAAGGUAGUUUACAAAAUUCUAAAAUUCAUAAAAAAUACAGUUAUGAAAAACAGAAAAAUUAGCAGUAGCUAAAUAUUUUUUUCCAGGUGCAGCACAAUUCACAGGCACACUUUUUUUCAGGUGGAGCACAAUGCAGGGUUAAAUUAAUGUGUCAUCAGGGUUAUUCAAGACCACCCAUGAUAAGGCUAUGUGUAUUUGUCUGCAAAGGGUGUUCAAAAGGUGUUUGAGGUACCUUCAAAAGGAGGUAGCUUCAAAAAGAGCUACUAUUAAGAAACCCCGUCCCAGGGAAUUGCUUGCCUAAUGGUUCUGACUGGUGGAUUGGGCAGGCUUAUGCAUGUGUAGGUUAUCCUUCUAAUAACGUGGUCUCGAGCCAUGUUGUUGUUGUUUAGUCAUUUAGUCGUGUCCGACUCUUCGUGACCCCAUGGACCAGAGCACGCCAAGCACUCCUGUCUUCCACUGCCUCUUGCAGUUUGGUUGAGCCAUACAGGGUUUUAACAUUCAAAGCCUUUAAUUGGGCCCAGAAAUGAUUAGGCUGCUUGUGUAAUCUGAGUGCCCAGAUCACAUAAGUGUUCUAGCUGCUGCAGUUCUCAUGUCCCUCCAAAAUGCCACAUGUCAGAGGAAAUGUUGAGUCUGAAAUAGCAGUUUCAGUUCGAUGGAAGGACUGAAUGCCAUUGCAAUAAGUUAUAUUUUUGAAUGAGAAUGUUUGGUCUAGGACAAAUAUGACCUACGUGUAGCUAUCAGAGAAGAGCAAUGCAUAAAAACAAUUAAUAUGGGAUAGUUAUUGGUAGGAAGAUGGUUAACAUUCCACUGCUGAGUAUAAACAAGUGAUUUGUCUGCAGCUAAGCUCCCCAGAAUUGAAGGGUGUGUGUGACAGCACAUCCUGACAAGGAAAAAAUUAAAUAAAAAUCCACUUCUGUGUAUACCAGUAUGCUCUGAAUUUAAUUGCAUCUGAAUUCUGAGCCGUCCUGAUUUUUUCUUGUUGCAGCUUAAUGAACCUUCAUGAACAAAAGGAGCGAACUCCAGACUGGAUGAUACACACAGGACUUUCAAACAGAAGUGUGGCCUGAUGUAGCUUCCUGGUGUUAACUUUGUUUUGGCAAUUUAUCCAAAACUGAUGAAAUGUGGAAAUAGAGGACCAGCUAAUUUUAUCUUUAUCAAAUUUAAAGGUAUGCUCCUGAAAGUGAGUAAAUAUUUGCACCUUUAAAGCUGUUAUGUUUGACUGUCACAAUAUUGGUAUUUAAUUCCUAAAGCACUCUUGUUUUCUGUGGACCCUGUACUAAUUAAUGUGUGCUUUAGUAUAGUUUUGCUAUACUAAUAUAGUAUGUGUUGUCACAGCAUUGAUACUAUGGAUAAUCCUGUGAAGCUUGCAGUUUUGUGAAUGCUUACUAAGACCUGAAUUUAAAAUAUCUGCCAUACAAUGUAAGAUUUAGGCACUACUCUAGAGUCUGAAAUGUUCUUGAAUUUUGUUUAUUACAAAGUUUGUGUUUAUUAUGACUUUUGACAACUUGAUAUAUAGGAUGAAGAGCGUUAGCAGCCUUUGCCAAUAAAAUGUUUUUCACUUACAGUUUAGAACUAGACUUUAGAGUUUAAAAAAAUUAAAGAAUGUCACAUCUUUGGUGUACACCAAAGAGUUUGGAAAAAUGUGAUUCAAUACAUGUUUGAAAAUACUUGUCUUCCUUCUAGGUUCAUUGUUUCUGA